AUCCUGUAUUACUUUUCAUUUUGAUUGAAACUUAGGGAAGUUGACAAAUAAUUUUCAACCUUCAACGUCACUCGGAUCACUCAGUGCUAAAUACGAAAGUGGAAAGCGAGGACCAGGAACAAUCAAUUCUUACAAAAAAAUAGGAACAGGUGAUCCUGGUGGUGCUAGUUAUGGAACGUAUCAGAUUGCUACGAACACGGGUACAAUGAACAAUUUUAUGAAGUGGAUGGAUGACAAUCAGCCACACAUGGCAUCGAGAUUUGAUGGACUAACUCCUGGAACUGGCAAGUUUGAUGAGGAAUGGAAAACUUUGGCAAAACAGCAGCAUGCAUUUAUCAAACAAACACAUUAUGACAAAACCUUGUCUCGCCUACCUGCGGCAUAUAGACAUCAAUUGAAUUUGGAUGAACGAUCGCCUGUGAUUAAAGAUGUUAUAUGGAGCACGUCGGUUCAGCAUGGUGCAGAUGGCGGUGCGUUAAUCAUCCAGCGGGCAUUGGCAGGUCAAAAUAACAAAAACUUGAGUGAUGAAGAACUAAUUAAUCGUAUAUACAAUGAACGGGGUGCCAACAACGGACAAAAGUACUUUCGCCGCAGUAGUGAAAAUGUUAGGAAUGGUGUGCUCAAUAGAUUUAAAAACGAAAAGCAUGAUGCGCUUCAACGACUUAGAGGAUAG